CCGCUGCCAAUGCCGGCUCCUUCCCCAGCGCCUCAUUUCCGACUUUUUCACAUGCUAAGUCGUUUAACAACUCCGAGCAGCUAGUUGCGGCUUUAUUUAUAGGUUCUCUGUUAUUUUACGUCCUUUUUAUUUCUCUCUGCAACUAUUCUGAUAGAUUAAUCAAUAGCCAUUUUCUGACCUUCGGAAACCCCAACUGAUGCUGCUGUGGCCGAGCGGGGGGUGGGGGGCAAUAUAUUAUUACACACACAUACAUAUAAACACGCCCACAUCGAGCCAGGAAACCGAAGACAGGACCCUGUGGUUUGACUUUAGCGGGAGGAGGAGCGCCUCCCCUCAGCAGGUGUCUCCGCCGACUAAGCACAGAGGCAGGAGGGGCUCUUAAGUCUAAUUAGCAAGACAGAGCCGGGGCGCUGCCCUUAAUCUUUAGAGCUAAAAAGAAUUUAAAAAAAAAAAAAAACCACAAGACCGAGACUACUAAGUUUUUCUUUAAAAAAAAUUUUAAAAAGGUAUGUGAAUCUUGUCCUACAUUCUAUGCCUAGGGAGCUUUGGCAAAGGGCGGGUGGCAAGCGGGGGUUGGUGGGGGGGGAGGGAGAGGGGGCGGGGAGGUCGGGGAAGCAGAGCCGCGGGUCCGGCGGGCGCUCCCGGGCCCACACCCUCCCUCGCUCACACGCACCCACCCUCACUCACACCCACAGGCUCCCUCGACCCCCUCGCCGGGAUCCAGCCCAGGGCGGGGUCCCAGGGCGGUCCCAGGCGCCCUUGGGCCCCGCGGGAUGCCGGAGCACGGUGCGGCGCGGAGUUGCGCGUCCCUUGUCCCUUUGUUGACAAUUCUCUCGACCAACUUGAGUUUGGCCGGCUCCGCGGCGGCCCUGACGUCACGCACGGUCACGUGGCCCCGCCUCCCGUUGGAUCUUUAAGUAGAAAGUAAUCUAUCAGGCCAGUCCUUAAAACGGGACUUUCGACUGCGGGGGCUUCGGCGUCCCUGACACCCCCCUCCCUCCCCCGGUUGCCCCUGCCCGCGCCCUCCCGAGCUGCUCGGCGCCCCGCGUCCCGCGCCCGCCUGCACCGCUCCUGCUCCCCACGCCCGGGCCGGAGGCAGAGGAAGGCAGGCGAAGUGAGGGGGUGCGGCGUGGAGAAGCUGUCGGGCCCGGGCCGGGUCCGGGGCCGCGGCCGGGAUCAGCAGCGAGCGCCUAGUACCAAGCGCCAGGGACAGCUGGAGUUUGCGGAGCGCUGCCACGGGGGGCGGACGGCACAGCCCGAGUCGUGCGAUGCCCGGCCGCCGAUUGUGAGCCAAGCCGGGAGGGCCCCGGACCACCUACGCCCCCCUCCCCUCUCCUAAUCCCCUGUCUUUCGGGGGCGCCCCAAACCCCUUUCCUGAGGUUGGCGGCAGCCCCUGAAGACGCCCAUCGCGCGCCGCUCCUUCCCCGCCGCCGCCACCAACCCCGAGGAGGGAUGACCCUCUCCGGUGGCGGCAGCGCCAGCGACAUGUCCGGCCAGACGGUGCUGACGGCCGAGGACGUGGACAUCGAUGUGGUGGGCGAGGGCGACGACGCGCUGGAAGAGAAGGACAGCGAUGGGGGCUGCGACAGUCCCGCGGGGCCGCCCGAGCUGCGCCUGGACGAGGCGGACGAGGUGACGCCGGUGGCACCCCACCACGGGCAGCCUCAGCCGCCGCACCAGCAGCCCCUGGCACUGCCCAAAGAGGUGGCUGGAGCCGGGGCCGGGCCAGGGGGCGAGGCGGGAGCAUCCGAGGCCGACGGCUGCAAGAGCGGCGCUGGCGGCGAGGAGGGUGGCGGGAGCGGUGGCGGGCCCGGCUCCGGCAGCGGUGCGGCGGGCGGCCUGGCCCCGAGCAAGCCCAAGAACAGCCUGGUGAAGCCGCCCUAUUCGUACAUCGCGCUCAUCACCAUGGCUAUCUUGCAGAGCCCGCAGAAGAAGCUGACUCUGAGCGGCAUCUGCGAAUUCAUCAGCAACCGCUUCCCUUACUAUCGGGAGAAGUUCCCCGCCUGGCAGAACAGCAUCCGCCACAACCUCUCGCUCAACGACUGCUUCGUCAAGAUACCCCGUGAACCGGGCAACCCGGGCAAGGGCAACUACUGGACCCUGGACCCUCAGUCCGAGGACAUGUUCGACAACGGCAGCUUCCUGCGGCGCCGGAAACGCUUCAAGCGCCACCAGCAGGAGCACCUGCGUGAGCAGACGGCGCUCAUGAUGCAGAGCUUCGGCGCAUACAGCCUGGCGGCGGCGGCCGGCGCCGCGGGGCCCUACGGCCGCCCCUACGGCCUGCACCCUGCGGCCGCGGCCGGUGCUUACUCGCACCCGGCGGCCGCGGCAGCUGCGGCGGCGGCGGCGGCUCUCCAGUACCCGUACGCGCUGCCGCCCGUGGCCCCCGUGCUGCCGCCCGCCGUGCCGCUGCUGCCCUCGGGUGAGCUGGGCCGCAAAGCGGCCGCCUUCGGCUCUCAGCUCGGCCCGGGCCUGCAGUUGCAGCUCAAUAGCUUGGGAGCCGCCGCGGCCGCCGCAGGCACGGCGGGCGCCGCGGGCACCACGGCGUCGCUCAUAAAGUCCGAGCCGAGCGCGCGACCGUCGUUCAGCAUCGAGAAUAUCAUCGGAGGGGGCCCCGCGGCGCCCGGGGGCUCGGCCGCGGGCGCUGGGGGCGCUGGGGUAACUGGGGGCACCGCGGGUAGCGGAGGCGGUGGCGCCGCGCAGUCCUUCCUGCGGCCGCCCGGGACCGUGCAGUCGGCAGCGCUCAUGGCCACGCACCAGCCUCUUUCACUGAGUCGGACGACGGCCACCAUCGCGCCGAUUCUGAGCGUGCCGCUUUCUGGACAGUUUCUGCAGCCUGCAGCCUCGGCUGCCGCUGCUGCCGCCGCCGCUGCUCAAGCCAAGUGGCCCGCUCAAUAGGGACGCGCCGGUGGCCGGGAUGCGGGGCCUGGCGGCGGCCUGGAGUCUCGGCUGCAAUUUGCAAGCUGCGCGCCCCGCCCCGCUCUUGGCCCCCCUGCCCAAUCCUGGACUCUGCCUCUCUUCCAUUUCCUCCCCCCCGACCCCUCAACACCGACCUUCGGCGGCCUCCACCCAGUCCUGCACACCUAGGCUGGCGGAGCAAACUCUCACCGCGCGCCCGCGGGGAAUGUCUUUCCGUACAGGUAAAACCGAAAACCGAUUUUUCCAAAACUGUACCCGGACGGCGCCUGCUCUCAAUACCUGGGGGAUGAGAGGGAAAUUCUUUGUACAUAUUUGUAUAAAAAUUAUUGACUUUCCUUUUGGGGUUUUUAUUUUUUUAAGAAAAAAAUUCAGUAGAUUUAGAGCUCUGAACUUUCAUUUUUUCUGAAGGUUCACUCUCCGCAGUUUUAUGUGAGAAAAAAUGUAUAGAGACGUUGGGAGAUUUUAAAUAUAAAAUUUUCAGAAGACGAAAGUCAUUCUAUAUAAAAGUCUGUUUAUAUAUAAUGAAUAUAUAUGGUAUUCUAAAUGUUAUUCCAUCGUGUUGUACACAACUUUGUAAAUAAAAUUUUUAAAGGCUCA